GUUAUCUGGUGUAUCACUGGUCUGUUUUCAUUGUACUUAGGCCCUCGCAUAGUAGUGUCCUUGGGAAACCGAAAUCAAAAACAGUAUCGGUUGUUCUUGUAGACAUCAAUAUGCAUAUGAACAGUGUACCAUGGUUACACGCCGUUUCGCUCCUAUGUUAUACCCUGUCGAGUUUGAUAUUCUGACCCAGAAACCUCUCAACAACUUAGUUCAUCCGUAUAUAUGAAUUUCACUCAUCCUCCUGUGCUAAUUGUAGGGGCCGGGCCAGUGGGCCUGGUAGCAGCGUUGACACUCCUCCAGAAUGGCAUCCCAGUUCGCAUCAUCGAGAAAGACCAUAAACCUCGCAUGGGACAGCGUGGUACCGCAUUCUGGCCACGGUCCCUCGAACUCUUCAACUUCCUAAAUGUCACAGAAGUUAACGAUCUGGGGAAACCGGCCCCUCCUGUCCGUUCGUACAAGCCCGGGACGUUUGAGCCUCUGGAAGAGCCCCCAAUGAUCCCGAGUUUGGAACCUACCCCUUCGAUACCAUUCCACGUCCUCAAGAUGAUGGGUCAACAAUUGCUAGAUGUGGUUUUGAAGGGUCACCUAGAGAAGUUCUCUUGCCCUAUCGAGAUGGGCACAGAACUGUGCUCAUUUGAGCAGUCCGACGAGGGCGUUACGACUGUUCUCACGAAGAACGGCAUAUUAGAGACGUUCAAUGCCAAGUGGAUGAUCGGUGCUGAUGGCGCUAAAGGCGUCGUGCGCAAACAACUUGGGCUCACGUUUUUUGGGGAGACUAGAGAAGAUACCCAGACUGUGACUGGAGAUAUCCGUUUAACGGGUGUUGGCCUCGGCAGAGAGCAUUGGCACCGGUUUGGAGACUUCAAUGAACGAGGCCUUGCAUUGCGUCCAACAGACGAAAUUGGCGAGGACGGCUGGCAAUUUUUCCUCUUCUGCAGCAAACUAGACCUAAAGAAUAUCGUUGAGAACGAGGAGCUUGUCUUAGAGACUAUCGCGUCGUUAAUACCAACAGAGGUCACGUUCAACAAGCUGGUUUGGAUGAGCGACUUCCGGGUCAAUAUUCGGAUGGUGAAUAAGUUUAGCAAGGAUCGGGUCUUUGUUGCGGGCGAUGCUGCUCAUGUCCACAGUCCAACGGGUGGUCAGGGACUUAAUGCAGGUGUACAAGAUGCCUUUAAUCUGGGAUGGAAACUUGCGCUCGUCGAGAAAGGACUCGCAGACAAGUCUCUUCUCGAGACAUAUAGCGCCGAGCGUUUGCCUGUCAUCUCUGAGAUGCUCGAUCUGACCACCUCGAUCCUCAACACGGCAAUCACGUCAGGACACCCGUCGAUCCGACGAAACUCCAUCCUUUUCAUGCUUGGCAUCAACUGCCGAUUCAGCAAUAUCGUACUGGAUGAAUUUGUGCCUUCAGUCGAGGGGAAGCCUAUUAGUGCCUACGGGGUGCUUGACGAGGGUCUGGAGGCUGGGGAUAGGGCGCCUGAUGCGCCCGAUAUGCUCCAGGUUGGGCACGAAAAGUCUGACGUGAAGACGCUUUUUGGUCUGUACAGACCCUGGUACCACACGAUACUUGUGUUCGUACCGAGUCUCGCUGAUGCUAGCCCGAUCUUGGGUGCACUGGAGGCAUGUGACAAAAGUGUCGUGCGAUUGGCGGUCGUUCUACCAUCAUCAGCAUCAGUGACAUCCGUCGCAUCUUCUGCUGACCUCGUUCUUAUCGAUACAGGGGGGCAUGCUCAUUCAGCUUAUCUCGUGGCAGCUGGAAAGGCAAAGGUGUUUGUAAUACGGCCGGAUGGUGUGAUUGGUGCGAUCGUCCAUGGUGCAGAAGGCGUGAAGAACUAUUUCUCGAGAAUAUUCUUGUAGUGGUCUAUUCUUUGCUUGCAAAUGUUACAGUCACGGCUCGUCCACAUGGCUGUGGUUU